AUGGACUUCCGCACCGAGUACUUCAACCCGACGACGCCCGUCAACAUCCCAGUGCAAGGCUUCUCCGCCGGAUCCCGUCUCCGCCUCGUCAUCGUGCCGAACAACGACCCCGGUUUCCACAUCAACCUCCGCACUCCCGACGACAUCGCUCUUCACUUCAGCCCAAACUUCGAUGACGGAUCCGUUAAGGUGAACUCGACUUCCGGAGGCGAAUGGCAAUCGGAGGAGAGCCGUCUUCGGCUGCCGUUCGAGCAGAACAAGAUGUACACGGUGGAGUUCGUCUCGAACGAAGGCUCCAUCUCGGUCUUCGUCAACGGAAAUCACUUGGCCGACUUUACCGAGAGAACUCCGUUGGAGGCGGUGCAUCUGAUCGAGAUUGACGGAGGAGUUCAGGUCAACUCGGUUCACAUUUCUCACUAA